AUGACAACGCUUGUCAAGGAACACUCUGAUGUUAUCGUUGACCUUGAUGGAAUUGAAGUGCGGUUGCAGCAGUUACUUCACUACGAUCAGGCAACCAGUUAUAAAAAGCAGAAGGAUUCUCUUCAGAGGGAACUUGAGGCUUUUCUUGGUGCUCUGCCGGGUUUUGUUACUCUCGCGACAGUGACGCCUAGGGACUUGUGUCGCUUCCUGAUCUUUAAAGACAAGCGUGGCAAAACACAGGUACACCUCAAUACGUGUGAAUUUUUGGGUCAGCGUGGUAAACAGUCAUGUGGCUGCCCCUUGAGAUUGUCGUACAAGACUGUGGACUCUUACAUAGGAAAGUUAAGAUCGAUUUUUCAUUCCAUUGGCGGGACGGAGAGUGGGACAAGCGGCUAGGUCUUGGUAACCCAGCCUCUGGUAAAUUGGUCAAAGAUUACCUUCGUCUUGUCACAGCGGAGCAGUUACAGGCCCGUGUUACUCCAAAACAAGCCACGCCAUUCUUUGUGGACAAAUUGACUCAGUUAUCGAAGUAUCUUGAAGGCGAGCUAGCGAGAUCAAAGUCGAAACUUGACCGUUUCAUUAUCGCACGUGACCAAGCUUAUUUUAAGUUGGCGUUCUUUAGUGGGGACCGCCCAGGAGAUCUUGGUCAGGUAAAAGUUCCGGAGAUCCUUCGUUUUCCAAAUGAUGAUGGGUUCUAUUUAAUCAUAUCUGGGGUAAGACUUUGCGGGAUGGUGACAUUAAUGUCGUUGGUGUUCACAGAAAUCCCCAGUCGGUCAUCUGUCCUGUGAAGGGCGUUGAGCAAUAUGUCGAAGUGGCAAGGGAGUUAGGCGUUGAUUUAACAAAGGGAUAUUUGUUUCGUCCGACAACUUCUAAUAAUGGUGUCCAAGAUUCUCCAUUUAGUUCUUCAGCAGCAGAUGCGCGUCUUAAAGUGUAUCUCAAGCAGACGAAAGCUGAUGAUGGUGAGACAUUGCAUGGCUUUCGUUCGGGUUGUGCGAUAACGUUGGCCCUCACAGGAGCGGAUCUGUCUGAGAUUAUGGAACACGUGGGUUGGGCUAGGAGGCAUACCGCCUUAUAUUACCUUCAGCUGGCCAAGGUUCUGAAACAUGAUGGCCCGUCGGGACGACUUGCUACGCCUUCUGCU